GAGUGCCUUCACCGCCACCAGCAGCAGCAGCAGCAUCCCUGUACACCCUCCUCAUCAAUAUGCGCUUCAGCUCCUGAAUGUAAGAGCCUCUUAUUGCACAGUCAGAGACGGCAAAGAAGAGCGGAGCCAGUAUUCACGCCGGGGAGGCGAUGUCAGCGCAUAUUUCAUAUCUGACUCCCUCCACAGCAAGCUGCUGACUUUUACCCCCCUCCUCAAGCGACUUUCUCCUUUUGGGCAAUCAAUGGAUGUACUCUGAUUUGGAGAGCGUCCGGAACCGUCUCGACUGUUGAUUGGGGGGCUCUUUGCUGUUGCUGUGGUUGUAAACAACGAGAGAAGAGGGGGGGAAAAGAGGAAAGGGUGAUGUUUGCCUUGCACAGGGUUCGUCAAUUUCGCGUCUUGUCCGCGCUGGUUGUCGGUUCGAUUGUGUGUUGCGCGAAAAGCGUCAACGAACCGGGCAACAUGUCUUUCGUGAAGGAGACGGUGGAUAAACUACUGAAGGGAUAUGAUAUCCGACUGAGGCCGGACUUUGGAGGGGCCCCUGUUGCAGUGGGGAUGAGCAUAGACGUGGCCAGCAUAGACAUGGUGUCAGAAGUCAACAUGGACUAUACGCUGACCAUGUAUUUCCAACAGUACUGGAGGGACAAGCGUCUAGCCUACAUAGGAAUUCCUCUCAACUUGACCUUGGAUAACAGGGUUGCCGACCAGCUGUGGGUCCCUGACACCUACUUCCUCAACGACAAGAAGUCUUUCGUCCACGGAGUCACAGUCAAAAACCGUAUGAUCCGCCUGCAUCCAGACGGAACCGUUCUGUAUGGCCUCAGGAUAACUACAACAGCAGCGUGUAUGAUGGAUCUCAGGAGGUAUCCCCUGGACGAACAGAACUGCACUCUGGAGAUAGAGAGCUAUGGCUACACCACAGAUGACAUCGAGUUUUACUGGAAAGGAGGCGAGUCGGCUGUAACGGGGGUGACAAGGAUUGAGUUGCCUCAGUUCUCCAUUGUCGAUUACAAGUUGGUGUCCAGAAACGUAGUCUUUUCCACAGGUGCCUACCCUCGACUGUCUCUGAGCUUUAAGCUGAAGAGGAACAUUGGCUACUUCAUCCUGCAGACGUACAUGCCAUCGAUCCUGAUUACCAUCCUCUCCUGGGUCUCCUUCUGGAUAAACUAUGAUGCGUCAGCAGCCAGAGUGGCUCUAGGGAUCACCACGGUGCUGACAAUGACCACUAUCAACACCCACCUGAGAGAGACGCUACCCAAGAUCCCCUACGUCAAGGCCAUCGACAUGUACCUGAUGGGCUGCUUCGUCAUGGUCUUCCUGGCCCUGCUAGAGUACGCCUUUGUCAAUUACAUCUUCUUUGGAAGGGGCCCUCAAAUGCAAAAGAAGCUAGCGGAGAAGGCAGAGAAGGCCAACAAUGAGAAGGCAGCCAAGUACGACGCUGCGAGGGAGGCAGGUAGUAGGACCGCAUCCCUAAAACGGUCCAAUCAGGUUAAAGGUCUUCGCCACUCACGCUCGGCGGAACCGCAAAGCCACGGGAACAUCCUGCUAACCACCCUGGAGAUCCAUAACGAAGUGGCGGGAGGCGAGAUCACCACCAGCGUGGCGGACAUUAGGAACUCUCAGUCCAUGGUGCAGUUGGACAGCACGGCCUCGACGCACAUCCAGUACCGCAAACAGAGCGGCGGGGUCGGCCCUCGCUCCGCCAGCCGCCACUCCCUGGACCGGUCCACCCAGAUAAAACGCAGCCGUCUGCGGAGGCGGUCCUCGCAGCUCAAAAUCAAAAUCCCCGACCUGACGGAUGUGAACGCCAUCGACCGUUGGUCACGGAUCAUCUUUCCCUCCGUUUUCUCACUGUUCAACCUCAUCUACUGGCUCUACUAUGUCUGAUUGGACUGUUUUGUUAAGAUGUUAGUUGUUGUUUGUUUGAUUCUUUUCCCAUUUUGUUCUCUUUCUUCCUUUUUUCUGUUGCUUUUAUACAUGAUGGAAUAUGUCGAGUUAAAGACUGCAACACUACAAGACAAAAAAAAAAAAAAAAACA